GCGGUCUCCAAGUGCACUUGAUCUCCGCCGCGAGCCCAAGUGAACACAAGAAGGUCGGAGUUGACGGUGUUUAGGUCUUGUCAAACGUACAAUCCGGUGCAAUAAAUGGGCGCUUGCCUUUGGUCGUACGUCUUUUUGGCUCAAAAGCCUGCCGUAGGGACCUUCCUUUUUACCUCAACUAACCCGUUUGUUUCUGAUCGUCUUUCAGCCUUCGUACUCAUGGCCAAGUACUCUCAGAACCAGUCCUGUGGCCACACCUGCCCAUGGGGCAGUGGUGAUGACCACCUGCCGCCUGAUGCUUUCACUGCGGCAGCCAUGAGGGCUGCGCGACGUCGAGAAUCUAAGGAAGUGAAGGAAGUCCAGAUGGACGCCUCUUCAAGUGAAGCCCGAGCAGAAGCAACUCAAGCAGUUGAAGCCCAAGCAGCCCAAGCAGUCAGGAGCUCUCGCAGUACAGUUUCUGAAAAGACCGGGCAAAGCACUGCGGCGCACGUUGAGAUCAAAAUGAUGGACUUAAUCCAACGGUGUCUCGACCAGAAAGUGCUUGAGAUGAGUCAGAGUGAAUCCAAGAAAGUCACGACCGCAGUUAGGAGUUCAUGUUCGAGUGCUUGUACGUCUCUAGCCGGGUCUCAGCUGGAGAUGGAAGCCAACUUGAAAUCAGUUGAGCAAGUGGAGUCCGUGACAAUGGCCGGAAAGCGUGCCCAGAUUCAAAAGCUCUCCAAUGCAUCAUUGGGGCAGUUUGAUGCUGAUGAGUCACGUCUUGCCUACCUUGAGAUGCAGAAAAGUGCGGCUGAAGCCCGCAACAAGAACCGCUCUGCCCUUUCCUUUGACUAUGAGCCUGCGCCUCGGAAGGAGGUAGGCAAAGGCAUAGCCAAAGGCAAGGAAGGGGAAAAGGAGAAGAAGGAAGGCAAGAGCAAGAAAAGCAAGAAAGAAGUACACUGUUCAGCAGAAGCCACACCAAUGGGUUAUGAGGCUCUCGAGCGCUAUCCCGCCUUGUUGCGUGAGGUGAAUGGGCUGGCAGACAAAGCAAUAACGCAAGGUCUCACAAGCAAUGGCAAGCAAAAGCAAGCGAUGAAGCUUUCAGAUGCUGCACUGGGAAAGUUUGAUGCUGAUCAGUCUCGUGUUGCUUAUCUUCAAAUGCAGAAAAGUGCAGCAGAAGCGAGAAACAAGAAUCGCUCGGCGCUUUGUUUUGGUGAAGAGAAGCAAGAGACCUCACAGUCAGACACGCAGCACAGACUUGACGGUGUGACCAUGGCUGGGAAACGUGCCCAAGCGCAGAAGCUUUCAGAUGCCUCCUUGGGGAAGUUUGAUGUUGAUCAGUCUCAGGUUGCAUACCUUGAGAUGCACAACACGGCUGCUGCAAUGCGAAACAAGAAUCGCGUUGGACAGGGCAUUUUCUGAGGAUGCAGGAAGCUGUGGCAUAUAUGGACAGCAUCGCAUACUGAAUCGCAUGUUGUUUUUUCUUAACUGAAAAAAACCUACUCGUACUAGCGAUGGCCUUCAACGUAGCGAUAAGGACAUCACACAUCGUUGUUCCAGGUGCCUGACAGGCGUGACCACUGUGUCCUGCCUGCAAUCCAGGCCUCUGUGAGCUGUGUAUAGUCGUCUAUUCCUACAAGUGGAAUGGAUCUUUGUAUAGACUGCGGCAGAAAGACCGCAAAAUUGAUGUUUCUGCGUAUAUGGUUCAAAA